AUGGCUAAUACAGAGAGAUUAGCUGAAUUACGUAAAAGCAGAGGCUCGAUUAAGUCGCGUCUGACAGUGUUCACCAAAUUCAUUGAAACAUGUCUUGAUCCUAAGUCUAAGGUAGCUCCGAUGGUAUUGCAAGCUAGACUCGAUAGAGCUGAAAGUAUUCUUUUAGAAUUUGAGGAUAUACAGUGUCAGAUAGAGUCUUGUUUAGACGAAAUACCGGACGCUGAAUUAAACUACCGCGAGGAAGUCGAAGACGCAUACUUCAAAGCGAUAACUACCGGAAAGCAAAUCCUUGGGGUUACUAACCCAAGUACUUCUGCCUCUCAUAGCUCGAAUAAUGCUCGUUCUUCAGGAACAUCAGGAGUUACUUUACCGUCCAUUCAGCUUCCAAAAUUCUCCGGGUCAUUUGAGAAUUGGCUUGCCUUCCACGAUUCUUUUCAAGCAAUCAUUGUUCAAAAUGAAAGCAUAUCAGACAUUCAAAAGUUUCAUUAUCUCAAAUCGUGUUUUUCGGGUAAUGCUGAAAAGGUCAUUACGUCACUUACAGUUUCCUCUUCCAAUUUCACAGUCGCUUGGAAACUUCUCUGUGACCGAUUCGCAAAUAAGCAGCUACUUAUUCAUAACCACAUAAAAUCUAUCUUUGGUUUAAAAAACAUUAAGGAAAAUUCAUCUUCUUCACUCCGUCAUCUAAUUGAUACCAUUACAAGCAAUCUUCGAUCCCUACAGUCACUCAAUCAACCGGUGGAGACAUGGGAUGCAUUAUUGAUCUACAUCGUAAUGGAAAGAAUAGAUUCGGAAACAGCACGUGAUUGGGAAAAAACCAAGCCUACUGAUCCAUCUUUCGAUGACUUCUUAGAGUUUCUCAAAAAUAAAGCUGAUGUGUUGGAAAAGGUUGAGCAGUCUGUGGAUUCCAACAGGCGCUCUUCCAAUUCGGCAUCAGGUGCUAGAUUUAAACCAUCCAGUAGCCGCUCUUUUGUUAGCAAUAAUUCUUCUUCAUCUUGCAUCUUGUGUAAAGGUGAACACAAGAUCAUACAGUGUAGUACUUUCUUACAACAAAAUGUACAAGCUCGCAUGGAGGAAGCAAAGAAACAUUCUCUUUGUUUUAACUGCUUACACAGUGGUCAUCAAAAUAAUUCGUGUAAGUAUGGUAAGUGCAAAAGGUGUGGCAAAAAGCAUCAUACCUUGCUCCACUUUGAAUCAAGUGAAAAUCAUAGUUCUGAACCAAGUACUAGUUCAACUUCUCAUUCUCUUUCAAGCACCGUCCAGCGGGAAGGUGUUUUGCUGUCAACUGUCCGAGUCCAAGUGCUUGACGAACUAGAAAACACACAUAUUUUCAGAGCUCUGCUCGACAGUGGUAGUCAAUCAAAUUUUGUGACAAGCAGGCUUCUAAACAAACUAGGUCUGCCCAGAAAUGAAGCGAAAAUCUCUGUUGUCGAUUGGAGCCUCUUCUAA